AUGAGUAAGAACCUUCCCUUUCCACCCAGUGAAACAAUCUGUUAUCUUGUCAAUGAUGUACAAGAAGGCAGCUCCAGUUUUUCUCCCGGCACACAAAGGAGCGUGAAGACACUGCCUUUGGACAAGCAAGCUAACCCUUUGAUUUUUAACGCAUUCACUUCCAUCCGGGGCCAAGAAAAUUCAAGCAGUCAAAAAGGGACUAAAAACCACAGGGAAGACAAUCGGCAGCGUUUCGAGCUUCCCACGACAUUCCUUGUCAAACGACAUUCAGAUAAUAAGCUCAGGGACCAAAUAGAAGCAACUGGUCCAAUCCCCACCAAAAAGCACUAUGUUGCUUCAGAAGUCAAAAAGCGAGGUCCUCACAUAUCAGCACCACCAUUAAAAGAAAAGGAAGAGUGGAGUUUAGUCAGUAAAACUUUGCUUGACCAAUGUGUUCCAGGACCAAACUGCACCAUUACUUAUAGACAGCAAGACACCUAUCUAUCCUGA